CGACAUUGGCCGUCGAUAUUUGAUAUUUUUAAUUUAAUAAUAAAUAAAUAAUUUUUAUAUUUUAAAAAAUUAAAUUAAGUACAUAUAUUUUUAAAAAGCGACAACCAACGUCGACGUUGGCCGUCGGAAUAAAUUCAACUUUUUAGUCCACUGUGUUAAGGCAAAAGACCUAUUAUUUUCUUUUUCUCACUCUCUUCAUUUCUUUCUCUCUAGCACCGCUUGUUUCUCUCUCUCUUCCUUCCUUUCUCUCUUUCUCUCUUGCAACGCUAUUAGUGACACUUCGAGAUUGUCAUCGACGAGUUCGCUAUCAGUGAUAUUCACACUUUAAGUGAUUGGAGUUGGAGCUCAUAAAUCUUGAAGUUCUUCAAUAGGUUUGAUCUGUUAAGGUUAUGCCAUUUUUGCUCUUUAAGUUUUGAGGUGGCAUCCCGCAUCAAAAGAAGUUAAUAAGGCAGUGAAGGAGAGUGUUAGAAGGCUUUUUACACAACCUUGGCACAGUUGGUCGGAGAUUCCAGAAGACCAUAGACAAGCAAUGUUUGAAGAGUUCAAGACAAUGUGUACUUGGUUAGAAAAGUACAAUAGAGCUAUAUGCACUACUUUUGAGAGGAAUGCUGGUACAAGACUACGCAAUUGGCUUGAAUGUGUUAGGCGUACAGGCAAUGUUGCACAAUGGCUUCUCAAAGAGGUAUAUGAUGAUUUGUGUAUUUAUACGGAUACUCCUGAAUAUAAGGCACUCAGUGAGCAAAAUAAGAAAGUUAGAACCAGUUUAAAGGGUGGCUCAUUGCAUACCGGAGGUGCAAAGAGUGUCAACGUCAUAGUUCAAGAAAUGAAAAAGGAGUUGGGUCGCGAAUCAACUCAACUUGAGAUCUCCAGACGAACUCAUCUCGUGAAAAAGACGAAUGAGUCAGACCCAGAUGUGUGGGUUGAGCCCAGGGCUGAAAAUGCCAAUUUGGCAGGGUGCAUCUAUUGAUUUUUUCAUCAUCUCAAACUCACAAAUGAAGACGUCAAUAUGGAUUCAUUGGAUUCAUUAGCAAACAAGAAAUUAUUGGUUCUAUUGACAACACCAACAAUUUGAAAGUUAGGAGCUUAAAGAAGGUGGUGGACUUAUUUGCUACAUACCUCUUAAGAAUCAUAUUUCUCUAAAGUUUGUUUUAUAUUGAUCAAAACCUUUGUUAGCUUCUGUUGGUUUCAUCAUUUUACUCUAUUAUUUUCAGAAAGUGGUGGUACUGCUUCUAUUAGACUAUUCCAUCCCUAUAUAGUAUCCACCAAGGUGUCUGACAUUAGCAAUAAUAUGUGCAUUUAUGUGUGCGCCCAAAUUUUCUCACCUACAAUCUACGUACUUCUCUAGUUUUAGAAACCAUGUUUUAGGUGCAUUUAUAUCUGCAUGCUCUUACAUCGCAAUUAAGUUACUUAUAUCCUACUAGUAAAAUUUACUGAUGUGUCUUUUUUAAUAUGCAGAAUGAAUAUAUACGCUAUUUGUCUGAGUUUGGUUCAACCCAGCCUACACAGGAAGAAUCAAAUCAAAUUUGGAUCGAAAAAGUGGCAGGAGGAAAAAAAGAAGGGGAAAACCUAUGGGUUUGGUUCUCGAAAUAAUUUACGACGUCUUUGUGCUGGAUGGGUUGGUAUUGGUUCCUCGCGCCAGGCUGAGGCGAUUGAUGGUGUUCAGCUUGCUGCUAUGUCGCAACAGGUUAUAGAUCUUUCACGUGCCUUCGCACAAUUCGUUGCUCAAAAUGAAGUCAUGAGCAAGACUGUCGAGCAACUCAAGAAACAAAUGAUUUGCAUGAGUCGUCGUCGUCACCAUUCUCCAUCUCCCGAUUCAAGUAGCAAAGAAGAAACAGAAAGUGAUAGUUUGUUGACACUGCUCCUUAGUGUUAUUUGGAUUUUAGACUUUUUUUAGAUAUUAAUUCUUGAACUUAACUUUUAACUUUUAAAUUAAAAAGCUUAAAGACUUGAGUGUUUUA